AUGAUGCGCGGCGCAAGACCCCUCGCACGCGCCGCGCGGCGCUUAUCGACGAGCUGCGAGGGCAAAGCGUAUGCAGGUGCCAUGACGAAAGUAGUAUGCACGCUAGGACCAGCCACCGAAACGCAGGAACGCGUGCAGGAGCUCUGCGACGCGGGCAUGGCCUGCGCUAGAUUAAAUUUCAGUCACGUCACGGACUAUUCCGAGCCCGCCGCGAAGAUGGAGUUAGUGAGAGCCGCAAGAGGCGAGCACGCGAAGCUCGAGGGCACCAUACAUGAUGCCGGAUCUAGACAUGCGAAUCUCCGAGCGGUUUUGUUGGAUACGAAGGGCCCGGAAGUACGGACGGGCACGUUGCCGGGCAACGCCGACUCCUUUAUCAUCGAGGACGGCAUGGAGGUCAUUUGCACGUUCGACGACGUUUCUUCGGAUCCCGAAGUGAAGGCAGGAGACAGUACGUGCCGGCUGCACGUGGACUACGAGUCCUUGCCUUCUACCGUUGCAGUAGGCUCGAAAAUACUGUUGGAUGACGGCUUGAUCUCGCUCCAAGUCACAUCUAUUGGUUCAGACAGCGUCACCGCCAUCGCCGAGAACAGUGGACCGAUCAAAGCCAGGAAGGGCGUGAAUCUACCCGGGAGUAUCUUGGACCUACCCGCAUUAACCCCAAAAGACAAGGAGGACAUCCAGUGGGCCGUGGAGACGGGCGCCGAUUUCGUCGCUCUAUCUUUUGUGCGAAGCGCGAGGAACGUGCGGAGCUGCCGAGCUUUUAUGGAAAGAUGCUGCCCGGACCAGAAGACGCGCAUGCCUCAAAUAAUAUCAAAAAUUGAGAACCAGGAAGGGGUGGAUAAUUUCGACGAGAUCCUCGAAGCAAGCGACGGCGUCAUGGUCGCGCGCGGCGAUCUGGGCGUGGAGAUCGACUUUGAGAAGGUAUUUGCGGCUCAAAGAUACAUGGUCGACGCGUGCAAUAGGGUCGGGAAGCCCGUCAUCGUCGCGACGCAGAUGCUCGACAGCAUGAUGAGGCAACCUAGACCUACCAGAGCGGAGGUCACGGACGUCGCGGCCGCCGUGUUGGACGGUGCGGACGCCGUCAUGCUGUCGGGCGAGACGGCCGCGGGCAAGUAUCCCAUCGAGAGUUUACAGGCGAUGAAGUCGAUCAUAAGGGAGGCGGACGCGAUCAUCGACGGGAAGAGUAGGGAGGGCGAGACCUCUGGUAAAAGUUAUGCUCGUAGCGCUCAAAAGUCGGCGAACGUCGUGCCUCUCCAAGAUGUCGAAUUGGACGCCGUGGCGCGCGCGGCGUGUCGGGCCGCCGACGCGCUCGACGCGAAGCUCAUUACGUGCGUGACGCGCUCGGGGCAGCUCGCCAAGGCCGUGGCGCGGCACCGGCCGUCUAUCCCCAUCGUCGCGUUCUGCUACACGGCGGAGGUCGGCCGGUCGUUGGCUUUACAUAGGGCGGUGACGCCGAUCCUGCUCGACGCGGUCCGUGGCUCGGAGCAGAAAAUGGACUUGAACGUGACGCGGUCGCGGCGAUGGCGUCUUCAUGAGACCGCAUCGCCUCGACGCCGUCGACGUGGCCGUCAGAGAGUCUACGCGUCUCGUGAAUGUACAGAGGCAGUUUCGCGACGCCGUCGUUCCGCGCAGGGCGCCGAGAACCCCUACGAGAAGGGCACGUCCAUGGGUCUCCUGCGGGCGGAAUCCAUUCGGACGUGCCGCGAGCUCGGGUACGUCACGGACGGCGACCGCGUCGUCUCCGUCGACCGCGCGCUGGGCAAGGCCCACGACGCCUUCGCCGUGGCGCAAACGCUCAAGAUCUACACGGUCAGCGCCGAGGGCGGCGACAUCUAGUAGCGCGCGGCGUCUCUCUCUUUUCAUCGAGAGUGGGGAAUGAGGACAUCAAUCUCUUGGAACACAUCGCUGCGUUCUUGUCGAGCCGCGGGGAGUGAUGUCUCUUGUGGCGCUGAGAUGCUACGAUUCUGCAAUUCCGACCCCACGUCGUUCGGACGUCGCGCGCGCUCGUCGUUAUUUAUUGGGUGUGAUGAUUGUUCCGCGCAGGCUUGCAAGCGCACCGCGUUUUUUUGUACUAUUGUUCGUAGUGCACAUAAUCCCCCCCUAAUUAUCUUCUCGCCAGUAGCUCAGCACCGUCCAGCAGGCGCCGUUCGGGAGACGCGCGAUGCGCUCGUUGAGACUAUUUGUUUUGGCACGCCCGCGAACGAGCAGGGACCGGAAGCGCAGGAAUUCGCGGUGAGGGGCUCGGGCGUACCGCUUGUAGGAGCCGUGCUCGCGGACGCCGGCCAAGAUUUCUUGGCAUUUGAUGAAGUCCUCGUCGUCGCCGACGUCGCUGUAAAUGUAACCAUGAUCUUCAUUCAGAACCUCUUCGACCGACAACUCGCCCUCGCACCGAUCCGGUGA